CGGGCACCCCCGGUCCAGGAAGCGCCUGGUGGCGGGGCGCGGGAUGGCCGGCUCCGGCUGGGGUCCCCCGCGGCUGGACGGCUUCAUCCUCACCGAGCGCCUGGGCAGUGGCACGUACGCCACGGUGUACAAGGCCUACGCCAAGAAGGACACUCGGGAAGUGGUAGCCAUAAAGUGUGUGGCCAAGAAAAGUCUGAACAAGGCCUCGGUGGAAAAUCUCCUCACGGAGAUUGAGAUCCUCAAGGGCAUUCGGCACCCCCACAUCGUGCAGCUGAAAGACUUCCAGUGGGACAAUGACAAUAUCUACCUCAUUAUGGAGUUCUGCGCAGGAGGUGAUCUGUCUCGCUUCAUCCAUACCCGCCGGAUUCUACCUGAGAAGGUGGCUCGGGUCUUCAUGCAGCAGUUGGCUAGCGCCCUGCAGUUCCUUCACGAACAGAACAUCUCUCACCUGGAUCUGAAGCCGCAGAACAUUCUGCUGAGCUCUUUGGAGAAGCCCCACCUGAAACUGGCAGACUUCGGCUUUGCACAGCACAUGUCCCCGUGGGAUGAGAAACAUGUGCUCCGUGGGUCCCCACUCUACAUGGCCCCCGAGAUGGUGUGUCAGCGGCAGUAUGACGCCCGUGUGGACCUGUGGUCUGUGGGGGUCAUCCUGUAUGCCCUCCCUCCACCUUCUUCCACAGAAGCUCUCUUUGGGCAGCCCCCUUUUGCCUCCAGAUCAUUCUCAGAGCUGGAAGAGAAGAUCCGCAGCAACCGGGUCAUUGAGCUCCCCCUGCGGCCCCCUCUCUCCCGAGACUGCCGUGACCUGCUGCAGCGGCUUCUGGAGCGGGACCCCAGCCAUCGCAUCUCCUUCCAGGACUUCUUCGCUCACCCCUGGGUGGACCUGGAGCACAUGCCCAGUGGGGAGAGCCUGGCACGAGCAACGGCCCUGGUGGUGCAGGCUGUGAGGAAGGAUCAGGAGGGGGAUUUUGCGGCAGCCUUACCACUCUACUGCAAGGCCCUGGACUUCUUUGUUCCCGCCCUGCAUUAUGAAGUGGAUGCCCAGAGGAAGGAGGCAAUUAAGGCAAAGGUGGGGCAGUAUGUGUCCCGUGCUGAAGAGCUCAAGGCCAUCGUCUCCUCCUCCAACCAGGCCGUGCUGAGACAGGGGACCUCUGCUCGAGACCUGCUUCGAGAGAUGGCCCACGACAAGCCACGCCUCCUGACUGCCCUGGAAGUCGCCUCAGCUGCCAUGGCCAGGGAAGAGGAGGUCGGCAAGGAGCAGGAUGCCUUGGACCUGUACCAGCACAGCCUGGGGGAGCUGCUGCUGCUGCUGGCAGCGGAGGCCCCAGGCCGGAGGCGGGAGCUGCUUCACACUGAGGUUCAGAACCUCAUGGCUCGGGCUGAGUACCUGAAGGAGCAGAUCAAGAUGAAGGAGGCUCACUGGGAAGCAGAGAGCCUGGACAAAGAGAGCCUGUCGGAGUCUGUCCGCACCUCUUGUACCCUGCAGUGACGCGGGGCAGGGUGAGUGGAUGGAACCAGGAGCCUCCUGGAGAGAACGGGUGUCCCGACCCAGGAUGACGCCUGUGAACCUCUGAGGAGCUUCCUAGAUGAAUGGCUCUGAGAGGCCCGCAGCCCGGUUCCCCAGUGUCCCUUGAGACUCUCCACCCCCACCUCUGAGAGGCCCACAGCCCAGUUCCCCAGUGUCCCUCGAGAUUCCCCACCCCCAAAGGGCCUAGCGGCCCACGUCCUGUGCUGGGAGCACUGAGGACAGGACUCUGAGCGGAGUCUCUUUCACGGGAUUUCGUCACUGGGUGGCUGCUGGCCUGUGCCCAUUGACUUCAGGACACCAUGCUGCUUGUUCUCAUCAGAGAAGAGGACAGUGGGACUCUGGGGUGCUUCUGCUCUCUGCCAGCACCUUCCUGAGAGCCCUUAUUCCAUCUUGCCUCCCUCCUGGCAUUGGAAUGGGACAUUCCAAGAUCCCUCAGGGACCACCCACCCCACAGUAUGCACUCAGCCACCCCCACCCGAACUCCCCACUCUCCCCGGAGCUCACCCCCGCCCACCCCCUCAGUCCUCUUUAAGACAAUCGUUUAAGCAUGAAAGUCACGUCCUUUGUAGCAUGGGGCAAGCGAGAAUCCCAGGCUUUGUUUCUGCCCUGGCAUGGGGGAGGGCCCCUCGACCACCCCACCUCCAGGCCUCUUUGGGAAACAUGCCACAGUGGCCACAAAGUGGGACCUGGCUGGGCCUGGGUCUCCUUCUCUCCCAUGGAGCCGCUGAUUCCUCCCCGGCUUACAGCCUGGGCUCCUCUGAGGACAAAGCAUGUUGAGCCCCGGAAAGAGUGCUCCUCCCUGGAGUUAUUUGGGGGUAUCAUCUCAAAAGUCAGAGAAUGUUGGUGAUUUUUUUUUUUUAAUUGAGAACUUGAAUAUAUAUGAGGUUGGUGAUUUCUUAAUUAUUCUGCCUUUUGACUGCCUCCCUGAGGCCAGAUUGUCCAUCCUCCCUGAAGAAGGCUGAAUGGAAAGAAUGCAGUUCAUGGUUUCUCUAUUAAAUUAUUUUCCAUA